AUGGCGAAGAGUAAAGAUGACAUCAAGUAUGGCACAGCUCAGGCCAAGCUCUCUGAAGAUGAACAGCUGAGGAUAAGAUACAAGCAUGGUACUCCAUUGGAAGGUGGCAAGAUCUCCGAUUCGGAGCCCGUUGAGCUCUUCUCUGGAGCUCAAAAGAUCUCUGAAACUAACUUAGCCAGUUCUAAGACUGAUCAGACUUCUUGUGCCACUAACAUCACCACUAACAAGUCAUCUUCUAACUCUUGA